AUGGCUCUUCCGUUACGUACCACCACCCGCCAUGCCUCGCGACUAACUCAGACCCCCCGUCUGCGUCGCGGCUAUGCCACCGAACCCGAUCUGAAAACCGCCCUCAAGGCCGUUAUCCCCGCGAAACGGGAUCUCCUGAAGCAAGUCAAAGCCCGCAGCGAUCAGGUCAUCGGGGAAGUAACGGUCGGCAACGUCAUCGGCGGGAUGCGGGGACUGAAGGCGCUCCUGUGGGAAGGGUCGGUGCUGGAUGCGAACGAGGGGAUCCGGUUCCACGGCAAGACGAUCAAGGACUGCCAGCGGGAACUGCCCAAAGCCCCCGUGGGCACGGAGAUGCUUCCCGAGGCGAUGUUCUGGCUGCUGCUGACGGGCCAGGUGCCCUCGACCGCCCAAGUGCGGGCGUUCUCGCGCCAGCUGGCCGAACAAUCCCACCUGCCCGACCACCUCCUCACCCUCAUCAAGUCCUUCCCCCGCGACAUGCACCCGAUGACCCAGCUGUCCGUCGCCGUGGCCGCCCUCAACACCGAAUCCCGCUUCGCCCAGGCCUACGCCCGCGGCCUGCCCAAGGCAGACUACUGGGAGCCGACCUUCGACGACGCGAUCGCCCUGCUGGCCAAGAUCCCCCGCGUGGCCGCGCUGGUCUUCCGCCCCGACGCGGUCGACCAGGUGGGCACCCAGCCGCUGGACGGGGCGCUCGACUGGUCGGCGAACUUCGCCACCCUGCUGGGCAAGGGCGACCCGACCCAGCACGGCGAUUUCCACGAUCUGCUGCGGCUGUACCUGGCGCUGCACGGCGACCACGAGGGUGGAAAUGUGUCGGCGCACACGACGCAUCUGGUGGGCAGUGCCCUCAGCGACCCCUACCUCAGCUACAGCGCCGGGCUGCUGGGGCUGGCGGGUCCGCUGCACGGGCUGGCCGCCCAGGAGGUGCUGCGCUGGAUCCUCGCCAUGCAGGAGGAGAUUGGGUCGGGGGCGACGGACGAGGCCGUGCGGGACUAUCUAUGGACCACGCUGCGAUCCGGCCGCGUGGUCCCCGGCUACGGCCAUGGGGUUCUGCGUCAGCCCGACCCGCGCUUCCAGGCGCUGAUGGACUUUGCCGCGACGCGACCCGACGUGCAGCAGAACCCGGUGUUCAAGCUGGUCCAGCAGACCUCGGAGAUUGCGCCGGGCGUUCUGACGGAACAUGGAAAGACCAAGAACCCGCAUCCGAACGUGGACGCUGCGUCGGGAGUGCUCUUCUAUCACUAUGGGUUCACGCAACCAUUAUACUACACUGUGACCUUUGGCGUGAGUCGUGCUCUGGGUCCGUUGGUGCAGUUGAUCUGGGAUCGCGCCUUGGGGCUGCCCAUCGAGCGACCGAAGAGUAUCAACUUGCAGGGACUGAGUGCAUGA